UUAAAUUAUUUCUAGGCAUUUUUUUUCCCUCCAAUACCUUCCGUCCCACAAGCCUCAGCAGCCAAAAUCAAAUCAAAUCUCUUUGAGUCAUGUCAUCAGUUGUUGGGUGUGAGAAAGAGAAAAGAGGACGUCGCCAGCAAGGAAGACACAAGAAACGCUUUCAACAUUCAGCUGCGCAUUACAGAGGUUUAUUCUGCAGGAUUUUUACCUCAUCAUCUCCCUCAGUCACCAUUCUGCCAUGCCACGGUCAUUCCUCGUCAGGAGUAAAAGGAUUCAUGUACCUGGCCCGUUCAAGGACUCCUUUAGACAACACUCCCGGAUCCAAACAGACACAGACCAGCCUCAGCAGCAUGUAAUGGGACAGGACGGGAUGGAUCUUAAAGAUGCUGCGCAGCCUUUAUCUCCAGAAGGGGCCAAAGACUUUAUGGGUGAAGCCUGCUCACAGUGGGAUGGGAUGGCAGCACAGUCUCAGAGUGCCCUCACAGACGUUCUUUGGUCUUCAGCUCCCAUGGAGGGCAGAGGCACCUCACCUUGGUCGGCAGACAGGCACCAGGCAUCUGAAAGAGAGAGAAAACUGGAGAGACUGGUCUUCAUGCUACUCAACCACACAUCGCACACUGACCUCAAAUCUCCCGUCAGCGAGUGUCUGCUCUGUGAAAAGUCUCUGUCAGAAGGUCUAAUAUCAGAAGCAAGCCUGCAGGAUCACAUCCACAGCUCGGUCCCCUUCAUCAGGUCACCCUCAGUCACAGCAACACCACAUAUGCCCUUUGGCUUCAGACCAAUAGGCAGCUAUGGUAGAGCUAAGGAGCGUAGCUUUGGCUGCAGGGUGUGUGGAAAGGUGUUCAAGCGCUCGUCCACACUGUCCACACACCUCCUCAUCCACUCAGACACACGGCCCUACCCCUGCCAGUACUGUGGUAAAAGGUUCCACCAGAAGUCAGAUAUGAAGAAACACACUUUCAUACACACAGGUGAAAAACCGCAUGUGUGCAAGGUGUGCGGUAAAGGAUUCAGUCAAAGCUCCAACCUCAUCACCCACAGCAGAAAGCACAGCGGCUACCGGCCCUUCAGCUGCCCCCGCUGUCAGCGCAGCUUCCAGCGCAGGGUUGACCUACAGCGCCACCAAGAGACGCAGUGUGACCACGGAGACAUUUAUACUCAAAGCUUAGUCCAUAAAGCAAUGAAGUGAUGGUUAAACUGCCUGAAGUGGCAUUUGUAGAUAAUUUCCAAUUUGUAAUUGUAAAAGUCAGAAAAAUAUGUAUCAAGUAAUGACAGGAAAAUGGGAGAUAAAUACCAAUAAAACAUGGUUGAGUAAAGGCUUGUUUUGUCUCUUUGGUUUGUGUUUUUGAACUUAAAAAGCUCCAAAUGUUUGUACUGUAUACUUGUGCCUUCUCAUGUGCCAUGUAUGGUCUGUGGGUUUUUUUUCUCCCACCUGUUUCCUGUGUUACCUGUGUUUCUUUAGUUCAACUCGUUAUUUGUUUCUUCUACCGCCUGCUUAGUGUCCUUAUUGAACUGCCAAAAAUCGUGACAGAUUUGCUACUUGUUUCCAUGAUGUUGAUGAUGUUCUUAACAUCAUCAACUGUGAUUUUCACGAACCAUAUUUACUCAGAAAGCUGUGUGAGUGCAGCAAUGCAUUUGUGAGACGGACUCCUCCAUUACUGAAUGAAGCAGUCACCCAUAAUACACUGCAGCUGGGCUCCUGACAGGUAAUGGAUGGUCAUUCAGUCAUCAUUCAGGAUGUUCUACUGCCUGUACACAAGGUUAGUUUUGAAAUUACUUUCUAAAAAGGAAACAUACACAUGGAUUUUCAGGGCCAUGUCUAAGCCACAAUCAGCAGAUGUUACAUCAAAAUUACUUCAGUUUAAAGCUGCACUGAUCAGUUUUUUUCAUAUUAACAAUGAAUAGACUGGAUUAAAAAUAUCAAUGAUC